AUGGCCGUUGAUAUGACAUUACGCGGUACAGUAGGAUGUUGCUAUUACGUCGCAAGAGACGAGAAGCUGUACUUCAUGGAAGAUAUACAGUGCGGCGACGUUGAUGUCAUUGACUCCCUGAGAACAUUCAUCGAGCCUACAGUGAUCUUGGUAUCGACAAAAAUUGACGACAAAGUCAUCGACAGGUUCGAUCCAGAAGCUAGGAGCGACAGUGCAAGCAGCGACAACGACCAGUUUCGCCUCCCAUUCCUGCUAGAAGUGAGACCACCCAAUGAGUUCUCAUACGAUGCCGCAAAGAACAAGCUUGUCAGCCUUCGCUUGGGUGACGAGAGUGGCGCUCGUGUCAGUUUCAACAUCCCAGGAGAGCUUGCAUCAAUGAACCAUCUGGAUGAGGAAGGCAUGUUAGGCCAGCAAGGACAACUGCUCCGGCUAGCAGGAUGGAUUGACCUUGACAGCCGUUCGACGGUCGGCUGCGCUGGAGCACUUAUAUCGUAUCUUCAACGCCGACGCGCUGCAGCAUACCUUCCUGGCGAUCGCUCAGCUUAUCUUAUGUUCCGUAUCACAACACUGGAAAUGUUCAGUCUUCGAGAGACUAUGUUCAUCAACGCAGAUACACUUCAUUCUUUACAAAUUAUGGGUGCCGAAUCACAUCCGCACUCGCAUAACAAAGGGCCGACCAAAGCCAGCUCCGGCGAAAAGGAAGGGCUCUCCGUGUAUGGGCUAUUCCACCAUCUCGCUCGAACACCACAAGGAAGGUUCCUGCUUCGGCAACAGUUCCUGCGCCCCAGUCUCAACAUCGAUAUCAUCAACGAGAGGCUGAGCACGAUAGCGGUGUUCGUUCGCCCAGACAACGAUCCCGCUUUACAGGCACUUGUACAGAAUCUCAAGAACAUCAGCAACAUGCGUGCCAUGAUGGUCAACCUGAGAAAGGGCGUGGGCGGCUCAACGAAAGCAGGCGGAGGCUUUUCCAAGAGCAUAUGGACAUCUAUCAGAGCGGUCUUCGAGAAAUUUGAAGGUUACCAUUUAGCUCAGAUCGGAAGAAAAAUCAGUGAGACCAUCGACUUGGCCAGUUCGGCAGAAGAAGGUCGGACUGUCAUCAUGCCCGGCGUUGACGACGAGUUGGAUCAGAUGAAAAGGACUCUGGACAGUCUUGACGACUUUCUCAACCGAGUAGCGCGGAAGUUGUCUGAGAAGAUGCCCUCCGACAUCCGCGCCACUCUUAACGUCAUCUACUUCCCGCAAAUCGGAUUUCUCUGCACCACUCCCGUCAAUGAACUGAGUGGUGAUGCCGUCUAUCAAGGCACCUUCGACAGUCCAUGGGAUAGAAUGUUCGCCACUGAAGAGCAGGUCUACUUCAAGAACAGCGAAACUCGUGAGAUGGAUGAUCACUUCGGCGACGUGUACGGCAUCAUCUCGGAUCGCGAGAUUGAGAUCAGCCAUGAGCUCGCACAGUAUCUGCUGCAAUAUGAAGAGCUGCUGACAUCUUGUUCGGACGUAUGCGGAGAGCUUGAUAGCCUUCUUGCAUUAGCACAAGGUGCGAAGAUUUACAAGCUGUGUCGCCCCCGGAUAACCCAUGACAAUGUCAUACGUAUCAAGGGAGGCCGCCAUAUUCUGCAAGAGCUCACAGUAUCAUCCUUCGUCGCGAACGAUACGACGCUAAGAGGCGGGGAAGGCGAUGGAACUCCUGAGGAAGACGUCGAUGAUAGCUAUGGUACCGGUACCCAACCGAUCACGAGCUCUGCAAGUCGCCAUACCUAUGCGCAUAAAGAUAGCGCAAGCAUGGUUGUAUUGACUGGGCCCAACUACUCAGGCAAGAGCGUGUACCUGAAGCAGGUCGCGCUCAUCGUAUACAUGGCCCAUGUCGGAUGUUUCGUCCCAGCACAUAGCGCAAAGAUUGGGUUGACGGACAAGAUUCUUUCCAGGGUCACGACGCGCGAGACAGUGUCUCGUGUUCAGAGCGCUUUCAUGAUAGACCUUCAGCAGAUUUCACUCGCGCUGAGUCUGGCGACGCGUCGCAGCUUGCUUAUCAUCGAUGAGUUCGGCAAGGGGACAGAGUCCAGCGAUGGCGCUGGUCUGGCAUGCGCAGUCAUGGAGUACCUGCUGAGUCUGGGGUCUGAGCGACCCAAGGUCAUUGGUGCUACGCAUUUUCAUGAAAUCUUUGAGAUGAACCUGCUUAAGUCAAGGCCUGCUCUUGCGUUCGGGCACAUGGAAGUGCGCAUCGAUGCCGAAGCGUCGGAAGUCAACGAGCAGAUAACAUAUCUCUACAAGUGA